AUGACAGAUGACAAUUUACGCAAGAGUAUUGAAGAUAUAGUUUUUGUCUGUGAUAGACAUUAUCGUAAUAAUCCUGUUGAAGAAAAAACUUUGAAACAAUUAGAAGAAAUGUAUAAUCCUGUAAAUGCUGUAUGGUGGUAUACUAGUGAAACAUUUAUUUAUCGAAUUUUGAACAGAGCAUUAAAUCGACAAGAUUUUGAAGUUUUACUUGUAUUUCGUUUUCUUAUUCGUGACUUAUAUAAACAACUUGCUAAUGAACAACAAAAGUUUGACGUUCCAGUUAUAAUAGUUUAUCGUGGACAAAUAAUGACUGUUGAAGAAUUAGAAAGUCUUAAAAUUAAUGAAACAAAAUUUAUUUCCUUCAAUAAACUUCUUUCUACUUCUCUCGAUCGACGUGUUGCAAUAUCCCAUGCCAAAAUCUAUAAUAAAGACAUUCGAAAAACUUCAGUUUUAUUUGAAAUUGAAGCUAAUGCUCGACUACAAGGUGCAAAACCAUUUGCUAAUGUAACACAUUUAAGUCAAUUUGAGAUGGAACAAGAAGUUCUGUUUAUGGCUGGAAGUGUAUUUAAAAUUUUGGAUAUUUUAAGGAAUGAGAAUGAAAAAUUAUGGAUAAUUAAAUUGGUUUUAUCAGGAACUGAAGAUAAUAAUUUAAGAGAUAUGUUUGAAAUAAUGAAACAAGAAAUCCCAGAAGAGACAAAUAUUAGUACGGUUGGAGAUAUUUUCUUUCAGAUGGGAAAAUAUGAUCAAGCUAAACGUUAUUAUAAAAGAUUAAUUAAAUUAUUACCAGAAACUCAUCCUGAUAUAUCAGUAUGUUAUAUAAAUAUGGGUACUGUGGCAAAUGAAACUGGAGAUUCUAAAACAGCUUAUUCACUUUUUACAAAAGCUUUAGAAUUAGAAUUAAAUCAAUCAUCAUUAAACCAAUUACGAUUAUGUGCUAUUUUAAAUUGCUUAGGCAUUUCUACAAAUGAUUAUAACGCAGCAAUUGAUUACCAUAAUCAAGCCUUAGAUAUUCAAUUGAAUAUUGUUGGAUAUUAUGAUUAUAGUACGGCUGGAAUUUAUAUUAAUCUUGGUAAUGAUUACUUAAAACAAGAUGAUUAUGAUUUAGCUUUAGUACAUUACAAUAAAGCAUUAGAUAUUCUAAAGAAAGUGUUACCAGAUUACCAUCCGACAAGAGCAGCAAUACUAACGUGCUUCGCUAAUUUACAUUACAAGAAAAAGGAAUAUGAUCUCGCAUUAGACAAUUAUCAAAAAGCAUUAUCAAUUCAAUUAGUUUGUGCUUCAGAUCAUAUUGAAGUUGGAAAAAUAUACAAAAUUAUAGCGGAUAUUCAAUUAGAUAUGAACACAUUAAAUGAAGCGUUAUUUAAUUAUAGACAAGCCUUACUAGUAUAUGAAAAGGCUUCGUUGAAUACAUACCAUACACAAAUUAUUGAAAUUCUUUCAAAAAUGGCUGAAAUUCAUAAGAAAAAUGAAAAUUAUGAACUAGCAAUAAAAAUCUAUGAAAAACUAUUAUCUAUUCAACUAGGAUAUCUUCCAUGGAAUGAUCUUUCUAUUGCUUGGACUUAUAAGGAAAUGAGUUUUGCUCUGAUGCAAGAAAGAUAUGUAAUGGCUGCGUUAAAUUGCGUGUAUAAAUUAUUAUACAUAUUGGAAGGUAAUUCAUUUCCGUCGGAUGAUCCUUAUAUAAUUUGGACCAAAAAACUUAUUAAUGGCUAUCAAACGAUCAUAGAUGCUGCGCAAAAUCAAUAG